GCACGGUUAAAAGGGAAGUCCUACGCGCACACGCUACCAACGCAACCUCUCGUCACUUCAAAGUAAUUGCCGUGCGCAGCGGGUUGGCGACUUUGCGCGUUGCAGUAAGGCCAUUUGUACCGUUUACGACGGGGCUGAGAAGGAACAACAAAGCAAACAAAAAGGCGUUAGAGCUAUUUUUUACCUUCUGGAUUGUGUGUUCAUAUCGGCGUUCCUUCGUAAGAUUUUUUGAAUAUUCUUCUGUGUCUGAAUAGAGAAGCCGUAAGUAUUUAUUUUAUUUAGAAGGACGUUUUCACCGUAGCGCUCAUUCCGAAUCCCUUCGGUUUUUAUUCGACUUUUUUCCCUUUCCCAGGACGCACUCUUUACGCGGGGGGAGUUCCGGUCCCUUCUUUGCCGGUUGCUGUUGAUUCCACUGUGUCUCUCCUUUCUGUUUCCCUUUCCCUCGCGCGGGUGGUAAUUUGUUAGGCCAACGAAGAGAGUUACGAUGGGUCAAGAUCAAAGUCGCACACAGAAUGGGCAGGCAGCGGCGACGCGCACGCAGGUGCCCGCCGGCGUCGCGGGCUCACAAGGCGCCGCUGUGGCCACCGUGCCUUUAACCGGCAUCGAGGGCUUUCAAGUGGUGCGCUUGCUGCCGUAUAGCCCGGCUCAUAAAGCGGGCCUGGUGCCGUACUUCGACCUCAUCACUUCACUCGACCACGUCCCCCUCGAGUCAGAAGGCAAGCCGGCUCUGCAGUUCUUCAAGAGCUACAUCGCCAACCACCGCGACCAGCCGAUCUGCUUCACCGUGUUCAACCUGCACAUCCGUGCCUACCGGGAUGUGUACUGCGUCCCGUCCGAUGCGUGGGGCGGGGGCGGACUGCUGGGUUGCAGCGUUGAGUGGUCGCGCGCUGAAGGGUGCUUGGAGCGCUGCGUGCACGUCGUCGAUGUGCUGGAAGGCAGCCCUGCGGCCUACAGCGGGGAGUUGCAGGCAAACCGCGAUUACAUUAUUGGCAUGCAGACCGCGCAGGAGCCGCUGAUCUCGCUCAUUAAGAGCCAAAAGGACUUUUACAGCCGACUCGAGGACUGGCACGAAGAGCAGCGGUGGGCGUUAGAGCGGCAGCAGCGCUUUCCAAACGAGGCGGUCGACCUCCCGCACAUCCUUCUCUUUCUCGUGUACAACAGCGAAAGCAACACAGUAAAGGAGGUGGCGGUGGAGAUGGGCACCAACCCCGAGGCGGCGCUGGGUAUGAGCGUGGCGACGGGGCUGCUGCAUAUCGUUCCUUCCGCCACCACGACCGGUGACGCGGCCACGGCGGACUCGCUGCCGAUCAUGAACAAAUUUGUGCGGCUGGAGGCCGACCGCGCCAUCACCAGCACCCCGGGGGCUCCGGCGCCGGCCACGCUGCCGCCUCCCCCGUCGUUUCUCGCACAACAAUUACCGCCGCAGCAAGACCAACAGUAUCCCCAACCAGAUGCGCAGCCGCACCCCGAGGAGAAUCACGUGCCACAAGCUUACUACCACGAGGGAGAGGAAGCUUAUGAAGCGCCCAUCGCCGCGGCUCCAGCGGCAGCUUCUGCGCAGCCUCCUCUUCCACCACGUAAUGCCUCUGCCGCUUCCGCUGGUGCUCCACCGCACUACAAUUCGUUCUUUCCAACCCCGCCAGCACCACAGCACCAAAAACACCAGCCGCACGCGCCGGUGUACGCGAAGCCGGCCUUCUUCAACGAGGACGUCGUCCCACCUCCGUGCAAUCACGCCCCCACCGCUUCCGUAGAACCUUCGUCCCACGCUGCCGCGCUCCCCCCUCCGCCCCCUCCACCACCACCUCCGACAACCUCUUCUGCGAACUCAUCGAAGAGGAACUCGUUCCGUCUCGCACUGGCGUCCGUGGAGUCAUACGAACGUCCGCCCCAUGCUGUCGCUCACCCUACUGAUUCCGCGCCGCCUCCUUCCAAGCAGGCAGCGGCAAUGAACCACCUUCCUCCUCCUCCACCUCGGCUGCCUCAGCCGCACGUGGAAUCUCGGGCACCGCCAUCCGGGGCCCAACCACCAUCACAGCAGCAGCACGCAAUGGCCAUGGAAGAGGUCGCCCCUCCGGUAGUUCCCCCGCACACGGCAGCACCUGCGGGAUCCCCUGCGCCGAUCGUCAGCCUCCACGACACCCCAAUUCUCUCCUCCGUGUCUCCACUGCCUCCGCGGCAACAGCAGCAGCCACAACUGUCGGCAGCGCAACGCGGUGCGUUUAGUAUAGUCAACAUGCCUCCUCCGUUGAAGUACCCUGUCUUUCCUGGUGCCGCAAUGAAGCAUCAACAGAAGUGA